AUGUUCAGGACAUCAAUAACGAGGACAUUGAAACCUUUCACAAACCCAGUAUUAAGUAAUCUAAUACGAUGUCAAUCAACUCUAAAUUCCACCAUAGCAUCAAACACAACACAACCAACAUUAAUAAAUCAAAAUUCCAAUAACAAUCAAUCAAUAUCUCAAAAUAUAACUAAUUCAAUAACAACUUUAAAAUUAUCAUCAAAUGGAUCAAGAGAUCUUUAUGCUAUAUUCAGAUUAUAUAAUAUGCCAUAUUUAGUAACAAAAGGAGAUAAGAUAUAUUUACCUUUUAAAUUAAAAAAUGUUAAAAUAGGUGAUAUUUUAAAAUUAAAUGAUGUUAUAACUUUAGGAUCUACUUCAUAUACUUUUAAUGAUAAAAAGGGAAUUGAUCCUUCCUUAUUUGAAUUACAAGCUAGUGUUGUUGAAAUUACAAGAGAACCAUUAUAUCAUGUAAUUAGAAAAAAGCAAAGAUGUAGAAGAACGAAAACUUUUAAUGUUGAACCAUUCCAAACUGUAUUAAUGAUAAAUGAAUUGAAAUUGAAAUAA